UUGGCUGUGGAGUGACAGAAACAUGUUUUUACAGUUCUGUUAAAAGAUAUGAGGAAGGAAAUGAGCAUUGUGGGAGAUCAGCAGCGAGCGCUUGACGACGACUCCCUUGUGUCUGAUUGGUCGACACUUUGACGACACGGACACUUUGGCCCAACCCUGCGAGCUCGAGCCAGCUCGAGAAACAGCAUGGCAACUGCAGGGAAGGCGAUCCGGUGCAGAGCCGCAGUGGCAUGGGAGGCCGGGAAACCUCUCGCGAUGGAGGAGGUGGAAGUGGCACCUCCUAGAGCAGGGGAGGUUCGCCUCAAGGUCGUGGCCACGGGCAUCUGUCACACGGACUCCUACACCCUGAGCGGCUCUGACCCCGAGGGAGUUUUCCCCGCGGUGCUGGGCCACGAGGGGGCCGGUGUCGUGGAGAGUGUCGGCGAGGGAGUGGUCAAGUUCCAACCAGGGGACGCGGUCAUACCCUUGUAUGUCCCGCAGUGUGGAGAGUGCAAGUUCUGCAAGAAUCCCAAAACCAACCUGUGCCAAAAGAUCAGGCUCACUCAGGGCAAAGGCCUGAUGCCCGAUGGGACGACGCGUUUCUCCUGCAAAGGCAAGAGCCUCUUCCACUUCAUGGGCUGCAGCACGUUCUCCGAGUUCACUGUGGUGGCUGAGAUCUCUCUGGCCAAGGUGGACCGCAGGGCCCCUCUGGACAAGGUCUGCCUGCUGGGCUGUGGCAUCACCACCGGCUACGGAGCCGCUCUCAACACCGCCAAGGUAGAGGCCGGCUCGACCUGCGCUGUGUUUGGCCUGGGGGCGCUGGGCCUCGCAGCCGUCAUGGGCUGCAAAGCGGCCGGAGCGGCUCGCAUUAUCGGAGUGGACCUCAACCCCGACAAGUUUCCGACUGCCCGAGAGUUCGGAGCCACGGACGUGGUGAACCCCAAGGAGCACGACGGGCCGAUCCAAGAGGUGCUGGCAGGGAUGACGGACGGUGGCGUGGACUACUCCUUCGAAUGUGUGGGCAAUGUGGCGAUCAUGAGGGCAGCCCUGGAGGCCUGCCAUAAAGGAUGGGGCACUAGCGUCAUCAUCGGGGUGGCGGCAGCCGGACAGGAGAUCUCCACCCGACCCUUCCAGCUGGUGACCGGACGCACCUGGAAAGGCACCGCCUUCGGAGGGUACAAGAGCGUGGACAGUGUUCCCAAACUGGUGGAGCAGUAUUUGGCCAAGAAGCUCAAAGUGGAUGAAUUUGUGACUCACACUUUGCCCUUUGAGAAGAUCGCCGAUGGUUUUGAUCUCAUGCGUGCUGGGCAAUGCAUCCGCGUCGUCCUCCAGUUCUAGAUGCGCAGCGAUGGAAGUCCGUGUUCGCUCUGCUCAGUUCAAUAAAUAACUUUUCAAAUCUC